GGCCCGCGGGCUGCGGACGGCGGCCUAGGUGGCCGGCAGAGUACUUAGAAUUUCACAUAUUUUUCCUGAACUUGUAAAAAUGGCGCUUGGGAUGAUGGAUUAACAAGAACAUUGAAAUUCUGUGAAAAGUUUUAAAUUGGAGCAUAUUGAAUUUUCACCCUAGUCCAGCAGCUCUGCUGCUCACUUAAAUACAGAUGAAUGAAGACCCCAUUCGGGAAGACACCUGGCCAGCGGUCCAGAGCUGAUGCAGGCCAUGCUGGUGUAUCUGCAAGCAUGAUGAAGAAGCGGACAUCCCACAAAAAACAUCGGAGCAGUGUGGGGCCAAGCAAACCUGUUUCCCAGCCCCGGCGGAACAUCGUAGGCUGCAGGAUUCAGCAUGGGUGGAAAGAGGGGAAUGGCCCUGUCACCCAGUGGAAAGGAACCGUGCUGGACCAGGUGCCUGUAAAUCCUUCUUUGUAUCUUAUAAAAUACGAUGGAUUUGACUGUGUUUAUGGACUAGAACUUAAUAAAGAUGAAAGAGUUUCUGCGCUUGAAGUCCUCCCUGAUAGAGUUGCAACAUCUCGAAUCAGUGAUGCACACCUAGCAGACACAAUGAUUGGCAAAGCAGUGGAGCACAUGUUUGAGACCGAGGAUGGCUCUAAAGACGAGUGGAGGGGAAUGGUCUUAGCACGCGCUCCCAUAAUGAACACGUGGUUUUACAUCACCUAUGAAAAAGAUCCUGUCUUAUACAUGUACCAGCUCUUAGAUGAUUAUAAAGAAGGCGAUCUUCGCAUUAUGCCUGAUUCUAAUGAUUCACCUCCAGCAGAAAGGGAACCAGGAGAAGUUGUGGACAGCCUGGUAGGCAAACAAGUGGAAUAUGCCAAAGAAGAUGGCUCUAAAAGGACUGGCAUGGUCAUUCAUCAAGUAGAAGCCAAACCAUCUGUCUAUUUCAUCAAGUUUGAUGAUGAUUUCCAUAUUUAUGUCUACGAUUUGGUGAAAACAUCCUAGAUGUCAUCAUGAACUUUGCCAAAUUUGUGGAACUAUUAAAUGUAUAAUUUGUAGACAUAAAGACUUGAUUGCUUUCCAGUUUAAUGAAAGCUUAAAUGUCCCUGCGAACCCACAAUCUCUGCCAGCAGAACUGGUUUUGUUCUGAAUAGUACAGAUUUAUGUGAACACAAAGCAUUUUGUGUAAGGAACUCCUUCCUCUUAAAAGAAGUCUGUCUGUCUGGAAGGGAGUUACAGGCAA